AUGAAGGUAUCAAGCACCCCGCUCGCUGCGGUCUUUCUUUCCGUUACCCUCUUCACUACAGCAUUAUCGAAACCUAUUGCCAUACCCGAAUCAAAGAACCUUUUCCGCCCCAAUGCGGCGGACUUGACGGCGGACUUGGAGACUCCUGUGGUGAGGCUGAGGGAUCAAUCGGAGGAGAUAUUAGAGGAGGAGAAGGUAGAGGAGGAGAAGGUAGAGGAGGACAAGGUAGAGGAGGAGAAGGUAGAGGAGGAGAAGGUAGAGGAGGAGAAGGUAGAGGAGGAGAAGGUAGAGGAGGAGAAGGUAGAGGAGAAGGUAGAGGAGAAGGUAGGGGAGGAAGAGGGAGAAGAGGCCGAGGCUCCGGUGGUACUGGGGGCAACUGCAACUGGAACCACGACUGCUACAACUGGUACAACUGGCGCUGGAACAGGCACAAGAACCGGUAGUGGAACCGGCUUAGGUAGUUCUGGGACUGGCAGCGGGGCAGGAACCGGGACACGUACUGGAACCACUGGAACCACAAGAACCGGGACAGGUACUGGAGCCACUGGAACCACAGGAGCCGGGACAGGUACUGGAGCCACUGGAACCACAGGAGCCGGGACAGGUACUGGAACCACUGGAACCACAGGGACCACAGGAACCAACGGUGGCGCCGGUACCGGAAGUGCUGCUAGCACAGAGUCUGGCACUACCUCGAGUACCGACACUGGCGCUGGCACCUCAACUGGUACUACGACAGGCACCGGGUCUGGCACUGGCACCGGCACUGGCACUGGCACAGCUGCUAGCACCGAGUCUGGCACUACCUCCAGCACCAACACUGGCGCUGGCACCUCAACUGGUACUACGACAGGCACCUCGUCUGGCACUGGCACUGGCACCGGCACUGGCACCGGCACUGGCACCGAUACCACUGGCACCACAACUGGCACUGGCACUGGCACUGGCACUGGCACUGGCACCGACACCACUGUUGUAUGUACAGAUGGUACUGAUACCGUUGUUACCGAUGCUGCAGGUGCAGUUGUCACUACCAGCGCUGUAGUUACUGAUGCUGCGGGUGGAGCCGUAGCGACUGCUGCUCCAAUUGUCGCUACUGCUAGUGAAGUCUUUGUUACUGCAAGCACAGUCAUUACGGAUGCUGCUGGUGCUGUUGUGACUGAUACUGCGGGUAUAGUCACUACUACUGGCACCACAGGCACCGGCACCGAUACCACUGGCACCACCACUGGCACCACAGGCACCACAGGCACCGGCACCGAUACCACAGGGACUGACACCGGCACCGGCACUGGCACAGCUGCCAGCACCGAGUCUGGCACUACCUCUAGCACCGACACUGGCGCUGGCACCUCAACUGGUACUACGACAGGCACCGGGUCUGGCACUGGCACUGGCACUGGCACUGGCACUGGCACCACAGGGGCCGGCACCGGCACCGGCACUGGCACAGCUGCCAGCACCGAGUCUGGCACUACCUCCAGCACCGACACUGGCGCUGGCACCUCAACUGGUACUACGACGGGCACCUCGUCUGGCACUGGCACUGGCACUGGCACUGGCACCGAUACAACUGGCGCCACAACUGGCACUGGCACUGGCACCGAUACCACUGGCACCACAACUGGCACCACAACUGGCACCGGCACCGAUACCACUGGCACCACAACUGGCACCGGCACUGGCACCGAUACCACUGGCACCACAACUGGCACCACAACUGGCACCACAACUGGCACUGGCACUGGCACCGGCACUGGCACUGGCACUGGCACUGGCACCGAUACCACUGGCACCACAACUGGCACCGAUACCACUGGCACCACAACUGGCACCACAACUGGCACCAGCACAGGUACCGCUGGAACCGCCACGGGAACAACUGGAACAACUGGAACAACUGGAACAACUGGAACAACUGGAACAACCGGAACGACCGGAACGACCGGAACCACUCCAUGCACCGACACCACCGACACCACCGACACCACCGACACCACUGUCACCACUGUCACAACAGAGACCACCGAGACCGUUGACACCACCGAGACCGUUGACACCACUGACACCACCGAGACCACCGAGACCACCGAGACCGUUGACACCACUGACACCACUGUCACAACAGAGACCACCGAGACCGUUGACACCACCGAGACCGUUGACACCAUUGACACCACGGAGACCACCGAGACCACCGAGACCGUUGACACCACUGACACCACUGACACCACGGAUAUGACCGAGGCCGCUGACACCGGCACUGGUACUGGUACUGGCACAGUAGUCACCGUUGCGGCGUAG